GGCGGCAGCGGGGCCACGCCAGCCCUGCCGGCCCCCGGCCCGGGUCCUGAGGACUGGGGAGGUAACGGGGAACGGGGAACUGGGAACGGGGAACGGGGAACAGGGAACAGGAGAACCGCCCGGGGCCGGCCCUGGCCUCGGCUGCUGCGUUCGCGUGCCCGUGGCUCCCAGCGCGCUCCGUCGGAGGAGCGCCACGGAGGCGAGGGGGUUCGGCAGCAGCGGAGCCCGGCCGUGCUCCCGGCGGGCGCAGCUCUCGGAGACCCCCGCCGCCACCUCCCCUCGCGCCCCAGCCCCUGCCCCAGCCGUGGCUCCCCCGGGGCAGGCGGCUGCGCCGGGACGGGCGGCACGUGCCCGGCCGGGAGGAAGGCGAAGAACUCGCUGAAACUAUGCCACGCACGGACGGCGGCUGCAGCCCAGGCCAUGGCGGGGGCCGGCAAGGCUUUGGCGCUCCACGUCCUGCUCUGCUUCCUCUGCAGAGGUGUUGCCCGAAUCAAGUGCCUGGGCAGCGUGUGGAUCGAGCCCGCCCUGGAGGUGCUGAUGGGCUCCAACAUCUCCAUCAACUGCCUCUCCACCAUCGGCUGCUCGAGGUCCAACCUCUCCAUCCAGCUCAACAGCACGGCCCGUAACGAGACCCUGCGCUCCCUCAACAGCAGCGCGGCCCAGCUGCGGCUGCACGACUUCAGGCUGCCCUACAGCACCGUCCUCUGCUUCGACCACUGCCGCAGCAGAGAAUGGAAAGCUCUGGUCUGCGGGACGGAGGUCUGGGCCGGCUACCCCCCGGAGACCCCCGGCAACCUGACCUGCACCAUCGGGGAGCGCUCGGGGAGCCUGGCGUGCACGUGGGACGCGGGGCGGCCGACCCACCUGCGCACCGACUACCGCCUCCACCUGAACAGCACGCAGACGGCAGAGGAGGAAGUGUUCCCCGCGGGCUCGCCGGUGCCCCUGAGCGCGCUGCGCGGCGGCAGCCGCUACUCGGCGUGGGUGCAGGCCAGGAACGCGCUGGGCGCUGCCCGCUCAGCCCCGCGGCACCUCGACCUGCGGGAGCUCGUGGUGCCCGCCCUGCCCUUGGCCGAGGGCGCGGAGACGACGCUGGCCUCGCCUCCCAUCACCACCGUCCGCUGGAGGCAGCAGACGCAGCUGGAGAACGUGCACUGCGAGGAGCGGCACAAGGCGGAGGACGCCCCAAUGUGGCAUGUGGAGGCGUGGGACAGCGCGGCGCGUGCUGGGCACCCCCUGCAGAGUGACACCCGCUACGUGUUCCAGGCCCGGUGCCGGCUCAGCCCCGCCGGCAGCCCCUGGAGCGCCUGGAGCCCCCCCUUCGUGUACACCACCCCCGAGGCCGCCCCCGCGGCAGCGCCCGACGUCUGGCGGCGCCUGGGCCCAGUGUUCCCGAACGGCAGCCACGAGGUGACAGUCUUGAUCAAGCCACUGCCGCCCCGUGCUGCCCGCGGCAGGAUCCUGGGCUACGCCGUGGCGGUGGGAUCAGCGCAGCCCCUCUGCAACACCUCCAGCACCUCCUGCAGCGUCCUGGUGCCCCCGGGGGUGCGCGUCCUCCAUGUCACCGCUCACAACUCCCGGGGGGCGUCCAGCCCGGCCAACGUGACGCUCGGCCGGGAGGCCGGCCAGCAAGCCUUCCCGGCACCGGCCGCGGUGGAGGUGCGGCGCCAGAACCAGAGCAGCGUCUCCGUGGCCUGGCAGCCCCCGCGUAGCAGCAGGAGCCCCCCGCUCUGGUUCAUCGUGGAGUGGGUUUCUACAGCUCCGUAUAGCAAGGAGGAACGCUUCUUCUGGAAGAAAGUCCCGUACCAGGACACGCUCACGUACAUCCAAGAAGACACAGCAGCGGCAAGCCACAUCAAUGUGUCGGUUUAUGCAGUCUACCCAGACGGAGUGAGCAAACCAACCUCUGGCCAAGUCUCCUCGGAGGAACGGAUCCCAGACUUCAGCUACAACGAGACUUCCCACGAUGAUGACACUGGAGUUUUCCUGGGAAUGGGUGUCAGUGUGAUCGUAUCGUCAGUUGUUCUUGCAAUUCUGAUGUUUAAAAAAUCAGCUAGAAUAAGAAUUAAAGCAACAGUUGCAUCACUCUUACCAAAAUGGCUACUUGAAGAUUUUCCCCACAUGGAAAACAGCAAUGUGAUAAAGUCACUCCAGGAGAAGAGUGAAUUCACAAGCAACAGUUCCUAUGAGCCGUUCCUGGAUGACAGCGAUCCCACAGUCAUGGAAAUAGAGGAGGUGUCAGUGCAUGAGAAAUACAAGAUUGUGGACAUCAAAAAGAAACCCGGCACAGCGGUCCCCGAGAACGUGGUGCACCCACAGAGCUCAGCACCGGCCGUCAGCGCCGCACCUGAGCACGUCAGUGACUACAAGCCUCAGAUUUCCGACGGGAACCCUCUGGGAUAUGUAGCUGCCAAUAUUUACCAAGCACAGUCCCAAACACCGACUCCAGAACCGGAGACAACCUUUUUCUUUAGAGACUACACCAGCCCUGUUAGCUACCUGUGGAACGCCGAAGGAGCGGGGCACAACGUCUGUCUGCUGGAAAAGAUCAACCUAAUUUUAAACAACAACAGAAGUGGGCAAAACUAUGCGUUCAGCUCAGCGCAGGAGGAACAAAAUACCCUUUUGGAAAGUCAGUGGGGAAAAACACUGUCGAGUGAAAACGUUCAAGAACAGACACUGGUCCCAGAUGAGCUGGUCUCUUGCUUAAGAGCAAUGAAUGAAGAACGUGUGGAUACACACACCUGUUUGCAGCAACGCAUUGGAAGGUUAUUUUGAGCAAAGUUAUAACUGGGAUUAAAAAAAAAAACAAACACACAAAAUUAUGAGCGGAUGAUCAUGGCACAGGUCUGCCUUUGGGAUUACAAACAUCAGAACUGGAACAAAGCUCCAAAUCCAAAACUCGCUCCCUUAGUUGACUGUAAAUAGUUUUGGAUGCACGGAUCACCUUGGCCAGUAAAUCAUCAUUUUACACUUACCUCAUAUUUUUACAAGCAUAGCAAUGCAUAAAUGCAGGGGUUCCUGUACGAACUGAACUACAAGACAGGUGAUUUUUACAGGAUACAAUAUGCUUCAAUUAUUAUUCUAAGUCACUCUCGUGUUAAAUACUUGGAACAUUCAAUACCUGGAGCUGAUAUCUAUUAAGAUGGAUAAAACGGUCCCUUAGACAGUCUGACUGAAUUGUGUAAAAUACCUUGGGAUCACUCAUAAUGAGGAGACACUACACUGAGGAGGAUUUAUCUAUCAUGCAGCAGCCAUGGCUACCAUACGAAAUCCUUUCUGUUUGACAGGAUAACUCAAUUUCAUUUUCCCUUCCAUUCAAUAAUAAAAAAUGCAUCAGAUAAGAACAAGCCUUCAUCAACUUGGCCUACCAGCCGGAUUUAAAAGCUCUCUCUCUAAGUUUGUCACUGGACAGAUUCUUCGUUUUGGGUGAAGGAUUUAUCGUCUCACAUCAGUUUGUCAGGGGUUCAGCUUUGCUGUUCUGCAUGAAGCAGAACAUAGCACAGAGAAAUGGCAUUUACUAGGCAUAUAACAGGAAAUUCGGAUAUCCUGAAAUACGGAAAAUGAAAAAUGGGAGCCCCCUUCCUGCUGAGGGGUCUUGGAACCAUUCUAAGUUUGCCCAGGACUUCAGAGGUGGUUUUGCAAGAUGUUCCUAAAGCAAGCAGAAACUGCCUGGAAAUGGGAGACGCUGGAUUUUGUAUCUAGCCCUUACUUGACUGAGCACCCCAGCCUUUUCCAGGAAACACUUUAAAUGCUUUUGAGGAAUACAAGCACAAAGGAAGUUUACUACACCCUGUAAAACACUGAGCGUUCAGUGAGCAAUGCGUAGAACAAACCUCCGUAAGGUUUGUUCUCUUGGCCCUUUUCUCCUACCUUCUGCAUUACUGCUUCUGUUCCGGAGCUGCCCCAGGGGGAGGUGAAGCUGCGUGGGGUUGGGCUGGGAGGGCUGUGAACGCCCCGCAGCCGCUGCCCUGUGGCAGCACUGGAAGCGCUCAGCGUGGAGCAGCAGGAGAGGGCCCUUUGCUGCCUGCCUCCUUCACUGCUCUGCCAGGGCAGCGCUGGCCCACGAGCAGGACCCUCAGGUGCCACAGCAAUGCUAAAAAAACGUAUUUUUGGUGCCCCGAGAGUUGUAACGCCCCAGGUGCAGCACCCAGAGCAUAGUCACACUGCUGUUUUACCUUUGAGCAUGGCCAGCCAGCAGCACGGUGCCCAGGAGGGAACGGUCCUCGCUGCCUUGGCCAGCUCGGGGCAGCUCCCUCACGAGCCCCUCGACCUCCGCAGGCCACCAAAGCCGUGCUCUGCAGCUCAGCUGUGCACAUUUUGGGGCUGUAUAAAGCAUGGCAUGGAAGCUCUGUAAAAGCUAGUGUCUGCGAGAGCUGGCUGCGGGCAUCCCAGAGCCCCCGCUGCAGGCUGGGUGCUUAAAAACACCUGUGGGUGCCCCGCAGAGCAGCGUAUGGACAGCUCUGCGUGAUCAUGGGCUACCUGUCGCACCUGCACGUAGGUCUGAGUCUCCGUUCACAAGCAGUAGCACCGAGGAGCCUCUGAACUAUGUAGCCGUACGUGUGAUUUCUGUUCACGGGGGAGUCUGCGCAAUUAACGGUUCUGGGUAGCUCAGCUGGCUACGCACGUCGCAGCAAAUAUAUGCAGGGGAUGUACCUUGUAAGGCUGAUGGCAACAUCAUCACAAUAAAAGGAAAAAAGAUCUGUGC